GGCAGGGCGGGUCUACUUACACAGCGUGAGCGAAGUAAAGCGUCGUUGUUUCACACCGGACGUAUUUUUGUAGCGACACAGCCAACAUGGACGCUGUUGAAGAGUACUUGACAGAAGUGGAGGAAGCAGCGGAGGAUGUCCUCACCACGAAACAACAGAUUGUGGACCUGGACUCAAAGAGAAACAAGAACAGAGAGGCACUGAACGCACUGAAAACUGAAAUGUCCGAUUCAAAGAAAGUGAAGGUUUGCUUUGGAAACAUGUUCAUCAAAUUCCCCAAGUCAAAGACAAGAGAGAUGAUUGAGAAAGACCAGGAGCAGCUGGAGAAGGAGAUCAACGACCUUCGUAAAGAACUGAAAUCAAAAGUCAACCAUCUCAAUGAGAUGCAAGGUAACCCUGAGCUGAGAGGCUACAAUCUCUCUCCUCUGUCCACUGAUGAAAUCAAAGCUAUGAACAGCAUCUUCAAGAUAUGAAGAUUUUCUGAGGACAUGAAGUCAAUGAGCUUCCUUCACCUGCUACCUCUGAACUGUAAUGUUUUAUCCUGUGGAUGAUGUGAUGAUACAGUAAAUCAGAAUCCCGAUGGAGCCACAACAUCCUGACAUCGGUAUAUCCUUUUUUCAUCCUUUUUUCAGGUUCUGUCAAACGUCGUAUUCUCAUUAUAAAACUUCACAAAGAUCUUUUAAGACUGAAAGUACAUUUAGAUGUUCUCUCUUAUCUCUUUUUUGAGGUUCUACGCAAAAUGUGGAUGGGCAAUGUGAAUGAAAUUCCAUAUCACCAGAUAUGUGAUUUUAUAUAAUAUUGAUAUGCAGUUAAAUCGGGAAAUUAUAAAUUGAUAAAAUAACCAACAUUUUUGCUAAGAAAUAAAAACUCAUGUUGGCCUUAUACUGCCUGGAUCCCUGAAUUAUAAUACUGCUACAAUAAUGUAACACAUCCAUAAAUAUUGAAUUAUUGUCAUCAUACUUUACAUACAUUAUCAUCAACACUUUUCAACCAGCUAAAUUAGCUGACUGCAGAAAAUGAUUUCCUGCAUCUGUAAAAACUGAGGAGUGUGAAAAACCUGCAGUGGUGAUGCUUCUUUGGAAUGUGGCCUGGUUGAUGCUGAGGCACCAACUCAGUGGAAACACUGCGUUGUCAAAAGCCUUCCAUCAACUGUUAGUGUCAUUGUAGCCAACAAUGACACUAACAGGAUACAUAACCAAACAUACGUCAACAUAGAUAAAUUGCUCCACACUGCAAACUGAAAGUGAGCUCACCCUUAGCAGUCAUUAAUAACCCUUCAUUUCACAGUGUGCACAACAAAAGAUCCCAAUCAGUAUGUAAACUGAUGGUGUUUGGUUACCUUUGUGAGUACAAUGUUAAAACCAACAACAGGACUGAGCAGAAUAAUAUAUAUACAGUUUGUGGUCCUGUGAAAAAUCAAUACAGGCCAUGUAGUUGGUUCAUAGUCACAAGAUGGCAGUGCAGUGAAGGUGUGCAGCACAAACAUGGCGCCUUGAUAUCACCUUCUGCCUCCACAGCCUCACAACCAGUCUUUGUUCUCUGGGAGUAUCACUGCACUGCCUGACACAUUAUGUAAUACACACCACUCCUGUGGCUAGGUAUUGACUGGAAUUUAGAAAUGAAGAUUUGAUUUGGUUGUGUGUGAAAAAAUUCUUUAUUGUGUAAAACGUCAUUGUUUGCAUCCUGUUUGAAAGUUAGGAAUUAUAUUGCCUUUUAUGUUUUGUCCUCUUUUUAUUCACCAUCCAGUCUUUGAAUAAAUGUAUUUUUACCA